AUGACGCAGUCCCCAAUUCAGGGCUCUGCCAUCCUCUAUCACAAUGCAGAAAACUCAAUCUUUCUCAUCGACACGCCGCACUCAAUAGCCCUCGCGCAGGAAUCAGUCUGCCCUGCUUCCUCGCGCAAUCCAGAUCGGAGGCUGUCCCAUGCACAGGAUUAUUUGACACUUCCACGGGCGAAAUGCAGCAGCAGAAGGAGACAACUACUGUCUACACCACCAUUGGAAACGCCGUUUCCAUCAACGGAGCCCAAAUCGCAUGCUGCGCGGGCGAAAGUGCUUGACACAAUCCCGUUGAGUGAGCAGCGGUUUCAUAGAAACUUUAUACAGCCGCUUGUUGACUCUGCGUUGCAAGUUCUUUGGGAUGAAAUUCAAAGCCGUGGAGGGCAAUGGUGUCUUCCCAGGUGUGUUCACGAUGAUCAACCACGGCGUCAAAUGAAAACGGAUGCGUGGCCUGCUGGCAGGCAGUCCGAUUCUGGGAGGAAGCGGCGCAACGGGGAUAUGUCUGAAGAUGGACAUCUUGCCAAAGAAGUACAUGGCGAUGAAUUUUCUCGUCUCAUGCCACCGGUAAUACUCUCGUCUACAUCCGUCAAUUGUUUCGAGUCAAUCUCGGAUCUGAAUGGCAGCAUCGUGAAGAAUGGUUCUUCAGAGAGGGCAACUCUUGCUGUACGAUCCUCUUCCGAUGCCCAUGCCCAUGUAUACACCGAGUACAUCAUCCCUCCCAGUGCAAAAUUCAUCCUCUGCACUCUUCCCCUGUCACAACCAGAGACCACACUACCAGGGAGGAUCCUCGCGCUCAACAAUCCAAUCCCUGCCCUCCCACCAACCCAAAAAUUCGACCUCCUCCUCUUCGACCCACCCUGGCCAAACCGGUCCGUCCGCCGAAGUGGCCACUACCAAAUCAAUGCAUACUCAGAAAUGGACCUCCUAACCCAACGACUACGCGACAUUCUUCGAGUACACUCUUAUCAAUCAGGCCACUCUCCUGUCGAGAAUUCCACUCCCAAGCCUAGUCUCCAUCAAACUCGUCCCCAAAGCCGUGUAUCGCUGGCAGCUAUCUGGAUCACCAAUGCUGAAAAGGCUCGUCGUGCUGCUUACGAUGCCCUCCUCAGUGCUGGCCAUUGCAUUGUCGAGGAAUGGGUCUGGGUGAAGACUACUGUUGAUGGGCGGCCUAUUUCUCAGGUGGAUGGGCUUUGGAGGAAGCCGUAUGAGAUUUUGGUUAUUGGGCGGGCAGAUCGGGACAGGUGUAGUGUGGAUUUGGGCGUUAUUGCUACAACUAGAACUACGGCCACGGUCACGCUUGAUGGCAGGAUCUCGACCUCUCAAGAGGAUGAUUUGCUGGGUAUUAACCCGGCUGGUAUCAGGAGACGAGUUAUCGCCGCGGUACCGGAUUUGCACUCGCGCAAGCCGAAUUUGAAAGAGGUUUUUGAGAGGGUGUUUUUUACGGAGGGACAUGAGACUGAAGGGUCAAAUUUGGAUGAUUCUGGUGCUAGAAUACAGCAGUAUUCUGCGAUGGAAGUGUUUGCAAGGAACUUGACUGCUGGGUGGUGGGCUUGUGGUAAUGAGGUUCUCAAGUUUAAUGCGCGGGAGUGCUGGGUUGACGAGGGUGAUAGUUAG